AUGAAUCUAGAGUCUCAAUUCUUCUUUUAGUUCAAUUAGCAAAAUGAAUAAUUAUGCAAUCUAGAAAAAUUAAUCAAAGAAUCUUAAGAUUACUUGAAUAGUACAAUCAAUUUGUUAAGUUAUAGUCCUUAUGAUGUAACUAAUGGAGAGUAAUACUUAGCUAUUGGACUUCUAAAUGAAUUGAAAUUGCUAGUGUAAAAGCCUUAGUAAUUAAAUUAGCCAAUUAAGCAUGAAUUAUACAAAGAGAUAGUUAUUAGAAGUUCAAGUCAAUUCGAGAGAUUGAAACUUUGUGAUUGGACUUAAUGGAGGAAGGAUCAAACUAAAACUCAAGUAAUUGGUUUUACUGGAAUAUUGGGAAUAAUAUAUAUUUGUGAUAUUUCCAAGUACAUAAAGAAGUCAAUAAAAGAGUUGAGUGGUCACGGUGGUGAGGUUACUGAUUUAAAAUUCAAUAAAUUAGAUCCAUUUUUGUUGGCGAGCUGUUCAACCGACAAAACUAUUAGACUUUGGGAUUGCUUUUAGAUGCAACAGCUUUGCGUAAUUGGAUAGACUGCUUUCCCAACUAGUGAAUUUUCAUCAAUCGAUUGGCAUUAAACUUCACAUAAGCUUGUAUCAAGUUCUUUUGAUCAAGUUAUAAGAGUGUAUGAUAUGAGCGACCUUAUUAUAAAUAGUUUAGCUCUAAAAACUUCAAGUAGCAGUGGCUCAAUAAUCGAUUUACACAUAGAGAUUAUUUAACCUUUUAUUGGUGAUUUUAAACUUCAAAACUUUCUCUUGAGAACCUACUAGUAUAUUAUAAAAGAAGAUUAAAAUAUAUGUGAGCAAGUAAAAUUUCUCAAUGAUUUGGUAAUUUUAAAGACUUUAAAUUCAAAAAUUCUUAUUCUUAAGCUCUUCGAAACAGUAGCAAGUUCAAAAGAAAACUAAUUCUUGGAUUAUCUAUUGAUUUCUGAAAUAGAUCUGCCAAAAACAUCUGCAUCCAUCUUAGAUAUAAAAUUUGAUUAUAAAGCUAUUGAAAGAGAAGGGAGCGAUGUGAUCUUAGCAAUUGGAGAUGCUGACGGAUAUAUUAACAUAUUCUCUCUUACUUAAAAUGGAUUGAUUAAAAGGCAACUCAUUUGCGAAAAUAAAGCUCUAAAAAGUGUGAGUUUCUCACAAUGUGGAAAAUAUUUGACUUGUUCAAAUGAAGAUAGGAAAAUAUAUUUUUACUUAUUGUGA